AUGAGCGACCAUCGUGAUCAGCAUUCGUCGCAAGACACUGGAGGUAGCGGGACGGACAGCCCUGCCCACCCGCACGCUCCUCGCAUCCCCAACAUUCCCCCCUAUGCUGCAUCGCCUUCAGCAUCUGGCGUCCACCUUCCCUCGACCAAUACUACAAACGAGUCGGAAGUCAGCGUUGCCAACCAACGCCGGCAAUGGCGUCACCAACGCUAUGGGGACGCUGACGAUCGGGAUGACCCGGAUCGACCCGACUCGACGGCGCCAAUCGAUGACAGCGAAGUGCCCACGCCGCAGAACAUGGCCGAUCUGGACAGCGUCCCCAUUUCUGAUGAGCAAAAGGCGAGGAUCAUUGAUCGACAUCUCAAUCUGCCUGGCGCUGAGGGAGGUGCUGCGGGAGCAUCAGCCUGGUCCUUUGCCGGGUCUGCUGCAGCAGGAGGAGCGCAUACAUCAAGCGUCGCUUUCCCCUCUCACGGCCAAGACUCGCACGAUGCAGGUGCCUCACGCCUCACCCUCCGUGAAGCAAACCCAUCACCGCAACACGAUGGGGGCGAGGACGGGGCCAACUCGGAGUACUUUGCCCCUCACCACGCGCAAGGAGGUGCAAUCGUAGAGGACAUCUACCGCUGGGCUCAUCAGAAUCGCAGGAAGGCAGCCCGACGCACUCGCAGCGAGUCUGCUCACCUACCGCGAACAAGCACAAUUGAUCCGGAAUUGGAUGUAGAGCAGAUCCGCGAGCCAGGAGGGUUUCGGAGGUUCUUCAUGCUCAACCAGGCGCAGAGACAGGGUCAACCCCCGCCGAGGGCUCUACGCAGCUUCAUCGACUUCCUCAGUCUGUAUGGGCACUUUGCGGGAGAGGACCUCAACGAGAGUGAUGAUGAGGACGACGAUGAUGAAGAUGAGGAUGAGGAGGCGCCGAGGCCGAGAGAGGUCCCAACUGAGCGAUCCGCCCUCUUGCGCCGUCGCUCCAGCCGUCGUCGCUACGAUGGGACACAAGGCAGCGCCGGAGACAAGCCUCGUGGUGAAGCAUCGGUCACUGAGGCAGUCAUGAUGCUCCUCAAGAGCUUCGUGGGCACGGGCAUCCUUUUCCUAGGCAAGGCCUUCCUGAACGGCGGUCUCCUCUUCUCCUCCGUCUUCCUCUGCGCCGUCGCCCUCAUCUCACUCAAGUCUUUCCUCCUCCUCGUCCAAGCAAACCUGAAAGUCCCUGCCUCUUUCGGCGACAUGGGCGGCAUCCUCUACGGCCCACGUAUGCGCUUGGCCAUCCUUACAUCGAUCGUCUUCUCCCAACUCGGCUUUGUGGCAGCCUACACGGUCUUCGUGGCGGAAAAUCUCCAGGCAUUCGUGCUCGGCGUGACGAAUGGGCGCACAAACAUCUCACCCGUCUGGUUCAUCGUGAUGCAAGCGGCAAUCUUCAUUCCCCUCUCCCUUAUCCGCAAGAUCGCCAAGCUCUCCUCUACUGCCCUCAUUGCCGAUGCCUUCAUCCUGGCAGGCAUCAUCUACCUCUACCAGUACGAGAUCCGACACAUCGCCGAGAAGGGCUUCUCGGACGUGAAGGCCUUCAACCCAGAGUCAUUCCCUCUCUUCGUGGGCACGUCAGUCUUCACCUUCGAGGGCGUGGGGCUCGUCAUCCCCAUCACCGAGUCGAUGCAGGAGCCACACCGAUUCCCAAAGGCCCUCUCCUGGGUAAUGAUCGUCGUCAUGUUCCUCUUCACCUCCUCCGGCGCACUAUCCUACCUGGCCUUCGGCAGCAAGACCCAGACGGUCGUAAUGACCAACCUGCCCCAGAACUACAAGUUCGUCCAAGCCCUCCUAUUCCUUUACGCAGUGGCCAUCCUCCUCUCCACUCCGCUGCAGCUCUUCCCCGCCCUCCAGAUCCUGGAGCGAGGCGUAUUCGCAAGCAAGAGCGGAAAGUACAACCCAAAAGUCAAGAUGUACAAGAACCUCUUCCGCAUCAGCAUCGUCGUCGUCUCGGUCUUCUUUGCUUGGGCGGGAAGCAGCAAGCUGGACGUAUUCGUCAGCUUUAUCGGCUCCGUAUUCUGCGUACCGCUCUGCUUUAUCUUCCCGGUCCUGCUAAGCUUGAAGGCUCUCAAUGACCGACCGUGGUACAGCAAAGCGGUGGAUGUUGCUAUCCUCAUCUUUGGUAUUGGAGCGAUGGCGUUCGCGGGCACGCAGACCAUCGCAGAGAUGUUCAAGGCCGCGAAGUAA